AUGGAGCAAAGGUCUAAAACAGACCCUCCCAUACCGCCGCCUAUGGCGGGAUCAACGAAGGAUCAGAAGAGUCGCAGAACUGAAUUAGUUCGAUUAUUGGGUAAUGAAAUAGUGCCCGCACUUAGAAGAUCGGAUGGUCGUAUAGAUGUUGCAACCAAAACUAUGCUGAAACCCGCAUGGUUGGCUGCAUUCUUGAACGAUGUCAGAACUUGUGAUCCACCCAGUUGCGGGUGGUCAGUUCUAAUGUUAGAGAGAGCAGAAUGUUACAACUUAUAUAACGAGGUUAUAAAUGGCAAAUUGGAAGAGGUAAAGGAACGCAUACUCAUACAAGAUGGAACGCAUACAGAGGCAAACCUGCAGGAAAUGCCCAAGCUAGCUAUGCUUGCACACUGUCGUAAGCAACAGAUUCAUCAUAUCUGUGAAAACAUCACAGAUUGGGAAAGAAUCGAAAUCGAUAGGAUAUUCAGGUUGAAUAAAUUAUAUACCAUUGAUUUAACCAUGCGACAUGGCUAUUUUACGCCUGCACAUAAACCUACAAUAGGUGGUGGGAAGCCGCUCCCUCAGCCCUUUUACGUAAAUCCGGAAGAUGACCCUAACUACGAUCCUCCCGGCAGUACUCCGGCUAGCAGGUUGAUGAAUAGGAUGUUACGUGGUGACGAAAAUGAAGAAGACAAGUUCGUACCCACUGAUUUAGAAACCCGUCAGAGGGGUUUGGCUUUGGUUGCUAAAGAGAUGGAACCAUUUGAGCACCUCUCACCCGAACAACUAUCCGAUUUGGUCCUGCGUAAUUGCAAAAAGGAAUAUGAACUUGCUGAGGCUAUAUAUAGACGUCGUAUGAGAGGAAGGAUAAUAGAAGACCAUCAUGAGAUGCAACUUAUGUCGGACGGUGGUGAAAACGUUGGUAUGCAUACGUCAACAAACAUAAAAGGCAAUAAUGGACACGAGAAACCAGAUGGUCGCAUAUCCGGAAGAAUAAUACACGGUUUACGAGAAGAGUACGUAAUAUCGCCCAAUAUUUUGCUGACUGAUAGCUUGGUCUUUUUGUCAAUGUUGGAACAUCUACAGUGGCAAUUUGCGUCCGCCGUGGAAAUGCCUGUGGAGUCUCUGGUAAAUGUGCACAAUAUGGGGGAUUCGAUCACAAAUCCGAGGCCUCCACAAUUGCUCUUUGUGGAUCCUAGGUGUCAGGAGGCGAAUAAGUACGCAAGAGAGUAUAGCGCGUCUUUUAGCGAUGCAUGGGAGCACAGAUGUCACUUAAAUGCAAUUGAUAAUGACAACGUCAGCAGCCCUUCUGGUGGCAACGUGGAUACUCUGCUUUUGUUUGGUGAUGAUCCGGUGUUUUACCUGAAGGAUCAAGAGAUGUUGCAACACAUGAUCCGUCAUGGCGUUGGACUCAAGAUACACUCGAAAGUGCCAGGAUUCACCUUGCCCCCCGAACCUACGGAACACCAAAAGGCCACAAUUUUUUACCGUCUCAGUUCUUCUCAGCCGCACGUGCAACAAGUUUGCUCGAACUGUGGCUAUCACGUCUUCUCUCAUACCGUUAAAGCACACGAUGGGGAGUCUCUGACAAGCUCAGAAAUGGAUAAUUUUGUGGAUCAAAAUCGUCCUCAUUGCCCAAUUUGCGAGUCGCAAGGGUGCUCGUUAUCGCAAUUAUGGGUAACUGGCUCGAGAGGCUACUCUCCGGAGCCUUACCCCAUACCCGUUGAAGAUGAAUUUUGUGUCGAAUAA